GGAAAAAACAGAUAAUACAACUUGUUAUAUUGAGUAUUGACAGCUUAAGGGUCCUACUCCUAUUGUUGAAGAAACUGGAAGGGCCUGCAAUGUGCAGUGAUGUCCUGGAGAAAUAUAGAUAUGUAUGGUUGUAAAUUAAUGCUUGGAUCAUACGUUUGGAAGAAAAAUUAAAAGCAUGUGAUCAUGGUUCAUGUGUAGCUAUCACAUGCAUACCAUAAUCAUCAUCAACUUUUUUAGUACUCAAUUCUUUCUAUAUAUACCCUUUCCUCUCAUUUCUGGUUUGACAAUCACACCAAAGUAGUAGUAACUCAAAAAACUCAUCAAAGAAAACAUUUCAGAGCUUUGCUUCUUACGUUCCUUAAGCCCCCCCACCCCAACCCGAAGCUCAAUUAAUGGCGAUCCGUCUGCCGCGUAUGGUUCAUGCCAAGCAACUCCUGAUGAGGCGGAAUUCGUGGUCAUCAUCGGUUGAUGUUCCAAAGGGAUAUUGUGCAGUUUAUGUUGGAGAAAGUGAUGAUCAGAAGAAAAGAUUUGUGAUUCCGGUGGCUUACCUGAAUCAGCCCUCAUUUCAGGAAUUGUUGAGUCAAGCUGAAGAAGAAUUCGGUUAUGAUCAUCCAAUGGGUGGGUUGACAAUCCCCUGCAGAGAAGACAUCUUCGUUGAUCUCACUUCCCGAUUCAGUAGGAGUACUAAUGCAUGUUAGUCUUGUCUUAAUAAUGUAGACGAUCCAUGAAGCUCAAUUUUGUAACUUAGUGUUGAUAUAGAAUAAAGAAUACAUGCAUACUUGUUUAUAUUACACGAAAACAAGCAGAAUGAUGCUGAUGUACAUUCAGUUUACCUUGAUUAUCUUAUCUAUCUGACGAUGAUUAGUGCAGAGUUUGAAGUUGAAUCUUAAAAUCAUUUGCUGUUCUCUACUUAGUAUUGAAAAGCUUCUUGUCAUGGCCUUAUAGUUGAUGUUCUUUUCUUAUUAAUCUCUCAAGAUUUCAAUGAUAUCCAUUGAAAAACAAGUUAAUCGC